AUGACUGACCACGCAAACACGGCUGUUGCUCAGGAUCCAUCCUCGUCGAUCCUGGGCCUGGCACAGGACGUCCUGGCACUCACACAGGAUAUGACCAAGUACUUUCAGGCCAACAACAUUGCCGCGCCGACAUUUGCGCUCAGCUCCCAAGACCCUCCCGAUACGCCGGAUUAUCGCCGCCUCCACGCCUCGCUCAAGUCUCGCCUCGAGGACCUCCUGCACCUCAUCGAUGGCCCCAGCAAGUGGCUGAGGGCCUUCUGCUGCACCGGCUACGACCUGGGCGCCCUCCAGAUCGCCCUUGACUUUGAUUUCUUCGAGCUGGUGCCGGCCAGCGGAGACAUUUCGCUCGAGGACCUGGCCGAGAAGGCCGGCCUGGACCUGGAUCGCACCGGCCGCGUCGUUCGGCAGCUCAUGACCUACCGCAUCUUUGACGAGCUCCGGCCGCGGAUGAUCUCUCACAGCUCCACCUCGCUCGCCAUGAGACAGGACGAGGACCUCCGCUCCGUUGUCCACUACUCGCUCGACGAGAUGCUAAAGGCAGCGGCCGACUGUAACAUUAGCCUCAAGGCCAACCCCAACGAGUCGCACCAGAACCUCAACCCGUUCGUCACCCGGCACGGCGUGGGCAUCUUUGAGUACUACAAGAACAACCCAGACAAGGCCCGCCGGUUCGCCAAGGCCAUGGCCGGCCUGAGAAAGAUGGAUCGCCACCUCGACUACCUGCUCAAAGACGGCUUCAACUGGUCCGCCAUCAAAGGCACCGUGGUCGACUGCGGCGGCGGCAACGGACACAUUUCCAAGAGUUUGGCUCAGCUCUAUUCCGACCUAAACUUUGUCGUGCAGGAUUCCAACGCCGAAAUGCUUGCCGAGGGCAAGGAAUCGCUCCCAGACGACCUCCGGGAUCGAGUGACGUUCUCCCAGCACAGCUUCUUCGACCCCCAGCCCGUCAAGAACGCCGCUGCUUUCCUGAUCCGCCAGUGUACGCACAACUGGGCAGACCGGGACGUCGUCAGGAUCUUCAAGUCGUUCGUUCCCGGGCUCGAAAACUCGAGCCCCGACACCCCGCUGCUCAUCAACGACAUCAUUAUUCCUGAACCGGGUACGUGGCCUCGCCACCAGGAGCGCAUCGUGCGGCAGGUGGACAUGGUCAUGUUGGUCAACUGCGGCGCCAAGCAGCGCAACGAGGCCGAGUUCGCGGCGCUGCUGAAGGAGGCAGACCCUAGAUACGUGAUUCGCAACGUCUUUGACAACGGGCCGCUGGGUCUGCUCGAGGUCUAUUUGGAGCGAUCAUGA